AUGAUCUGGAUGGAGCCUAAGAAUAAUUUUGAUGAUUGUUGCUUAUGCGUAGCAGAUGCUAAAGGUUUUAAUCGAAAUCAAACGUGGACAUAUCCAGACUUACAGUCUACAAAAUUUCCUGUUCUACAAAGUGAAAAUCUCCCUUGGCUUAUUUACAUUUCAAAAAUAGUUCGCAUGCUCUCAGAAACAAUAAUGUUGCCAAAUUCACAGAAAUAUGGACAGUCUACCAGUAGAAGUGAAUGGGAGGGUAAAAUGUCUACGCCAAAGUUAUUUUCUCAAAAUAAACUCAGUGAUUUAGUGAUCUCAAUUAUAUCAAAACAAGGAUCAGAACUGUUAGCCUUAAGAUUGAAAGAAAAAAAUUUAUUGACACCAACAGUAACAAUUACAACAACGCGAGAAAAAACUAAUGUAGAAACUAAUGUAGAAACUAAUGUAGAAACUAAUGUAGAAACUAAUGUAGAAACUAAUGUAGAAACUAAUGUAGAAACUAAUGUAGAAACUAAUGUAGAAACUAAUGUAGUAACUAAUGUAGAAACUAAUGUAGAAACUAAUGUAGAAACUAAUGUAGAAACUAAUGUAGAAACUAAUGUAGAAACUAAUGUAGAAACUAAUGUAGAAACUAAUGUAGAAACUAAUGUAGAAACUAAUGUAGAAACUAACGUAGAAAUUAACGUAGAAACUAAUGUAGAAACUAAUGUAGAAACUAAUGUAGAAACUAAUGUAGAAACUAAUGUAGAAACUAAUGUAGAAACUAAUGUAGAAACUAAUGUAGAAACUAAUGUAGAAACUAAUGUAGAAACUAAUGUAGAAACUAAUGUAGAAACUAAUGUAGAAACUAAUGUAGAAACUAAUGUAGAAACUAAUGUAGAAACUAAUGUAGAAACUAAUGUAGAAACUAAUGUAGAAACUAAUGUAGAAACUAAUGUAGAAACUAAUGUAGAAACUAAUGUAGAAACUAAUGUAGAAACUAAUGUAGAAACUAAUGUAGAAACUAAUGUAGAAACUAAUGUAGAAACUAAUGUAGAAACUAAUGUAGAAACUAAUGUAGAAACUAAUGUAGAAACUAAUGUAGAAACUAAUGUAGAAACUAAUGUAGAAAAUAAUGUAGAAACUAAUGUAGAAACUAAUGUAGAAACUAAUGUAGAAACUAAUGUAGAAACUAAUGUAGAAACUAAUGUAGAAACUAAUGUAGAAAUUAACGUAGAAACUAACGUAGAAACUAAUGUAGAAACUAAUGUAGAAACUAAUGUAGAAACUAAUGUAGAAACUAAUGUAGAAACUAAUGUAGAAACUAAUGUAGAAACUAAUGUAGAAACUAAUGUAGAAACUAAUGUAGAAACUAAUGUAGAAACUAAUGUAGAAACUAAUGUAGAAGCUAAUGUAGAAACUAAUGUAGAAACUAAUGUAGAAACUAAUGUAGAAACUAAUGUAGAAACUAAUGUAGAAACUAAUGUAGAAACUAAUGUAGAAACUAAUGUAGAAACUAAUGUAGAAACUAAUGUAGAAACUAAUGUAGAAACUAAUGUAGAAACUAAUGUAGAAACUAAUGUAGAAACUAAUGUAGAAACUAAUGUAGAAACUAAUGUAGAAACUAAUGUAGAAACUAAUGUAGAAACUAAUGUAGAAACUAAUGUAGAAACUAAUGUAGAAACUAAUGUAGAAACUAAUGUAGAAACUAAUGUAGAAACUAAUGUAGAAACUAAUGUAGAAACUAAUGUAGAAACUAAUGUAGAAACUAAUGUAGAAACUAAUGUAGAAACUAAUGUAGAAACUAAUGUAGAAACUAAUGUAGAAACUAAUGUAGAAACUAAUGUAGAAACUAAUGUAGAAACUAAUGUAGAAACUAAUAAAAUCUAUUUACAAAAAAAAACAGAAACUAAUGUAGAAACUAAUGUAGAAACUAAUGUAGAAACUAAUGUAGAAACUAAUGUAGAAACUAAUGUAGAAACUAAUGUAGAAACUAAUGUAGAAACUAAUGUAGAAACUAAUGUAGAAACUAAUGUAGAAACUAAUGUAGAAACUAAUGUAGAAACUAAUGUAGAAACUAAUGUAGAAACUAAUGUAGAAACUAAUGUAGAAACUAAUGUAGAAACUAAUGUAGAAACUAAUGUAGAAACUAAUGUAGAAACUAAUGUAGAAACUAAUGUAGAAACUAAUGUAGAAACUAAUGUAGAAACUAAUGUAGAAACUAAUGUAGAAACUAAUGUAGAAACUAAUGUAGAAACUAAUGUAGAAACUAAUGUAGAAACUAAUGUAGAAACUAAUGUAGAAACUAAUGUAGAAACUAAUGUAGAAACUAAUGUAGAAACUAAUGUAGAAACUAAUGUAGAAACUAAUGUAGAAACUAAUGUAGAAACUAAUGUAGAAACUAAUGUAGAAACUAAUGUAGAAACUAAUGUAGAAACUAAUGUAGAAACUAAUGUAGAAACUAAUGUAGAAACUAAUGUAGAAACUAAUGUAGAAACUAAUGUAGAAACUAAUGUAAAAACUAAUGUAGAAACUAAUGUAGAAACUAAUGUAGAAACUAAUGUAGAAACUAAUGUAGAAACUAAUGUAGAAACUAAUGUAGAAACUAAUGUAGAAACUAAUGUAGAAACUAAUGUAGAAACUAAUGUAGAAACUAAUGUAGAAACUAAUGUAGAAACUAAUGUAGAAACUAAUGUAGAAACUAAUGUAGAAACUAAUGUAGAAACUAAUGUAGAAACUAAUGUAGAAACUAAUGUAGAAACUAAUGUAGAAACUAAUGUAGAAACUAAUGUAGAAACUAAUGUAGAAACUAAUGUAGAAACUAAUGUAGAAGCUAAUGUACAAACUAAUGUAGAAACUAAUGUAGAAACUAAUGUAGAAACUAAUGUAGAAACUGAUAUAGAAACUAAUGAAGAAAAACUUGUGUAG